UGACUUUUCUACAAACAAACACAACUCUGCAAUUGAGUCAACUAAUAUUCCACACCCCAAAAUCGGAACUCGAAACGUAAUCCGUUGGCGAAUUGCGGUGGUUUUUGUCGCGAAUGGCGAUAGCUGACCGUCGCCACAACAAGUGGCUGAUUUGCCCUCUCUGGCGCUCAUCGGCGUCUCCUCCUUCUCCAUCUUCCACUCAGAAUCUUCAACCUCAGUCGCAGAAUCAUCAUAAUAGUCACCAAAACGGCGUCGCCUCGGCCAACGCCCGCUCCUCCUCUACGGUCUCCUCUGUCGCCAGAUCGCUCAUCCCUGGGCGGCGGAGGCUCCGCCUCGAUCCUUCCAGCAAACUUUACUUCCCCUACGAACCGGGGAAGCAGGGGAGGAGCGCUGUUCGGAUUAAGAAUUCCAGCAAGUCUCACGUUGCUUUCAAGUUUCAAACUACUGCACCGAAAAGUUGUUAUAUGCGACCGCCUGGAGGCAUCCUUGCUCCUGGAGAAGGCCUAAUAGCUACUGUAUUCAAGUUUAUGGAGCUUCCUGAAAACAAUGAAAAGAAUCAGAAGCGCAAAGUUAAGUUCAAAAUCAUGAGUCUUAAGGUGAAACAAGGAAUAGAUUAUGUGCCUGAACUGUUUGAAGAGCAAAGGGAUGAAGUGAUAGUUGAGCGUGUGAUGCAGGUGGUUUUCCUAGAUCCAGAGCGCCCCAAUCCUGCACUUGAUAAGCUAAAGCGCCAAUUGGCUGAGGCUGAUGCUGCAACAGAGACCCGCAAAAAGCCCCCAGCAGAUGCAGGUCCAAAAGUGAUAGGCGAAGGUCUUGUUAUAGACGAAUGGAAAGAACGAAGGGAGAAAUAUCUUGCUAGGCAGCAAGUUGAAGCAGUAGACUCGAUGUGAUUUUUGCUAAUUUUCAUUUGAUGUCUGAUCGAUUUUUCUGUCCGGUGGAAGUUGUGCACGACUGAGGAAGUUCUCAAUGCGUAGGGUAAAAGUAAAAUAAUGGCUAUGUAAUUGUAUGUGAGAUAAAAUGUAUGUAAUAGGUUUGGUCCCUGUGUUUGUUUCAUGUAAAUAUCUUCUAGUGUUGGCAGAAAUUAAAAUUUCCAUUCUUACGCAAUAA